AUGCCUACCAUUUUCAGCAAGUUCGCUAGGAUUCUCUCGUUUGAUCCCCAACCUGUGUCUGAACGGGGACCCGACACAAAGCCGAAAAUACACACUGAGCUGCCCAGCUCUGAUGAGCGUUUGAUGACCCAAGCUGAGAUGAAAAAACUUAACCCUGGUUCAGCAAGUUCUGAGGUGUUGCCUGAAUCAAGCCAAUCCGCAGAGAAACAACCCGACAUGACUCCGUCCAAGUCAGAUGAUUGGAAGGAUAAGAAGGCCGGGCUCACUCUGGGUAAUGGCCAGUUGAGGCUGAAGAUUGAGAACUGGAAGUCCACUGGCCCAACAUUUACUGUCGAGAACAACCCCAAGGGUAACCCCAAGUGCAACCUUCAGGGGUUUGUUGAAGGCCCCGAAUUGAUAUACAUUGACUUUACGAUUCCCACCAAUCACCCAGGUGGCAUGAUGGGGGUCAUGCAAUCGAUUGAAGCACUCUUCAUGUUUCCAAGCAAGGUUGCCAUCAAAAGCAUGGAGCCUGGUUCUGCAGCGUCUGAUCGAGAGUCAAAUAACCCAAAGAGAGGAAGGCAUUACAUCGACUGGACAUCCCCAUGGGACACAUCCGGCUGCCGAUUCAAGUUCGUCAGUGGACGGAAUGCAAAACGCCAGGAACAGAUGAUAGUCACUGUUGAUGAGCGUGAACCGUUUUAUAGGGUGAUCUCUAAAAACGACCCUAACACUUACGGCGAAUACAUGGCACUUCCGGUCCGGAUUUGGCUGCGCAUUCAAUUGAUAAUUGCAGAGACUGGUGACAUUGGCAACAGCAAACUGUUUGGAAAGUUGACUGCCGAUUGCAAUUUCCCUGUUUCCAGGAAGAAAAAAGGGAAAAUGGCAUCAAAGAAAAUUCCAAACAAAGUUCAAGAACCUUCUACAGCUGAAGAAGGAAGCUCUAACGACAACACGUUAGAUGAGUCAGUCGCGCCAAGCACACAGCAGUCAGUGUUAGGGCAAGAACAUACGAUGGAGACAAUGGGAAGUCAACACUUGACCGAGGAAGAUUUGCCUCAUGAAGAGUUGACCGAGAAAGAGUUGGCUCAGGAAGAGCAUGAGUCGACCCAGCAUGAGUCGACUGAGAAAGAGUUGACCAAGAGGGCUUCUACACUCACUAUUGAUACCCAGAAGAGCAACAGAUGGUCAAAGGGCAAGGGUAAGCGAAAGGGCAAGCGCACAUCUGGUUUGUCUGGCUCCGACUCAGGAAAGAAGGACGCAGACCACGCCACCGAUCACAUCACAGACUACGUUACAGACCAUUGUGAUGACCAGAAUGGUGACAACCGGCGUGUUGACUUACAUUCGGGGGUGCAGGACAUCGCUCGACAGGAUGUCCCGACUGAGCAGCAACUUGCGGCAGUUGCUGGCCAACAAACAGUCAAUGCCCCCGAUCCCCUACUACCCCCACCACCCCCAAUAACAUGA